CAUUUCAUCAUUCCCUCCUUCUUCCAUUCUCCCAACUUUCAACUCCAUCGCCAACAAAGCUUCCAUUGAAUUUCUACUUCUAGAGUUGGAUCUCCCCGUUACUUGUUUCGCAAUUCGGUCCAAGUACACGAGCUAGGUAUUUCAUCCUAAUAUCCAGGUUGUGACAUAAAAAUAAUUGACAAACUGAAGUGAGGAGCAGUAUGUCUGUUUCUAUGAGAGAUUUGGAUCCAGCCUUUCAAGGAGCUGGCCAGAAAGCAGGCAUUGAAGUAUGGCGCAUCGAAAACUUUAAGCCAGUUCCUGUUCUACACUCUUCUAAUGGCAAUUUCUUUACAGGGGACUCCUAUGUUAUUUUGAAGACCAAUGCUUUGAAAAGUGGUGCCUUACGUCAUGAUAUACAUUAUUGGCUUGGUAAAGAUACAAGUCAGGAUGAAGCUGGCACUGCAGCUUUAAAGACGAUUGAACUUGAUGCUGCUCUUGGAGGACGUGCUGUUCAAUAUCGUGAAGUACAAGGACAUGAAACAGAGAGGUUUCUCUCUUACUUUAAACCAUGUAUUAUACCUCAAGAUGGUGGUGUUGCAUCAGCUUUUAAUCAUACUAAACCUGAAGAGCACAAAAUUCGGAUGUUCAUUUGCCAAGGGAAACAUGUAGCUCAUGUAAAAGAGGUUCCUUUUGCUCGAUCCUCACUCAAUCACGAUGACAUCUUUAUCUUGGAUACUGCACACAAGUUAUUCCAGUUUAACGGGUCCAGGUCAUCCAUUCAAGAAAGGGCUAAAGCACUUGAAGUUCUGCAGCACAUCAAAGAUACUUACCAUGAUGGGAAGUGUGACAUAGCUACUAUUGAGGAUGGGAGGCUAAUGUCUGAUGCCGAAACGGGAGAGUUCUGGGGCUUUUUUGGUGGCUUUGCUCCACUUCCCAGGAAAACAGCAACAGAUGACACUAUAACUACUGAAGCACUUCCUGCUCAGCUAUUUUGUGUUGCGAAGGGGCAGACAGAACCAGUUGAUGCUGAUCCCUUGACAAGGGAGUUGCUAGACACAAAUAAAUGCUAUCUUCUGGACUGUGGGGUAGAAAUUUAUUUAUGGUUGGGGAGAAGUACUUCUCUUGAUGAAAGGAAAGCUGCAAGUGGAGCCACAGAAGAAUAUGUACGUAGCAAGGAUAGACGAAAAUCUCGUAUAAUUCGUGUGAUUGAAAAUUUUGAGACUGUAUCAUUCCGAUCCAAGUUUGACUCUUGGCCUCAAUCAACUGCUUCUGCGGUCUCAGAGGAUGGUAGAGGCAAGGUGGCUGCACUUCUAAAACGCCAAGGGGUCAAUGUGAAAGGCCUACUUAAAGCUGCCCCCAGCAAAGAGGAACCUCAACCAUAUAUCGACUGUUCUGGGAAUUUGCAGGUUUGGCAUGUGAAUGGCCAGGAGAAGAUUCUUCUUGCAGUUCCUGAUCAAUCUAAAUUUUACAGUGGAGAUUGCUAUAUCUUUCAGUAUUUGUAUCCUGGAGAAGAUCAAGAGGAAUGCCUUAUUGGGACAUGGUUUGGGAAGCAGAGUAUCGAGGAAGACAGAAUCUCAGCUACCUCACAGGCGAACAAGAUGGUUGAGUCACAAAAGUAUUUGGCUGCUCAGUCACGCAUUUACGAAGGAAGUGAACCUGUCCUUUUCUUUGCUAUCUUCCAGAGCUUUAUGGUUCUUAAGGGUGGUUUUAGUGAUGGAUACAAAAAUUACAUAUCAGAGAAGGAAUCACCCAAUAGAACAUGCACACAGGAUGAAGUUGCAUUAUUUCGAGUACAAGGCUCCGGACCAGAAAACAUGCAAGCAAUCCAACUUGAACCUGUGGCUUCAUCUUUGAACUCCUCCUACUGUUACAUAUUACAUAGUGGUUCUUUCGUCUACACAUGGAUUGGAAACCUCACAGCUCCUCAGGACCAGGAACUUGUCGAGAGGCAACUGGAUGUGAUAAAGCCAAAUAUGCAGUCCAAACCACAGAAAGAAGGCUCAGAAUCUGAACAAUUUUGGAAACUUUUAGGUGGAAAAUCUGAAUACCCCAGUCAGAAGAUUGCAAAGGUCUCUGAAAGUGAUCCGCAUUUGUUCUCAUGCUCAUUUUCGGAAGGAGAUCUUAAGGUGACUGAGUUAUACAACUUCGACCAGGACGAUUUGAUGACUGAAGAUAUAUUUAUUCUUGAUUGUCACUCCAGCAUCUUUGUUUGGGUAGGGCAACAGGUUGAUUCAAAUAUCAGAACCCAGGUGCUAGUUAUUGGUGAGAAAUUUCUGGAAUGCGAUUUUCUUCUUGAGAAACGAUCCCAUCAAGCUCCACUGUAUAUCAUAAUGGAAGCAAGUGAGCCGCAGUUUUUUACACGUUUCUUUACAUGGGAUUCAACCAAAUCUGCUAUGCAUGGAAACUCAUUCCAACGGAAGUUAUCCAUACUGAAAAAUGGAGGUCGUCCUACACUAAACGGUAAACCCAAAAGAAGAGCAGCUGUUUCAAAUGGAGGAAGGUCUGUAGCAGAUGAAAAACCACAGCGUUCAAGAAGUGUAUCUUUUAGUCCUGAUAGAGUCCGUGUGAGGGGUAGAUCUCCUGCCUUUGCUGCUCUCGCUUCCACAUUUGAGAACCCAACUGCAAGGAACCUAUCAACUCCACCGAUUGUAAAGAAUAUUUAUCCAAAAUCUGAUGCCUCUGAUUCCUCUAAACCAGCUUCAAGGUCAACAGCUAUAGCAUCACUAACUGCCUCCUUUGAACAACCUCCACAAGAAAAACUUAUCCCCCAUUCUGUAAAAGUUAUGGCUGACUCACCAGCGAAAUCUGAGCCGAACUCCAAGGAGAAUUCAAUGAGCAGCAAAAUAGAGACCCUGGCCAUACAGGAAGAUGUGAAAGAGGGUGAAGUUGAAGAUGAUGAAGGGCUUAAAAUAUACCCAUAUGAGCGCCUUACGACAUCAUCCGCUGAUCCUGCUGCUGAUAUUGAUAUCUUAAAGCGAGAGACAUACCUGUCCUCGGCUGAAUUCAGAAUGAAAUUCGGAAUGACCAAGAAUUCUUUCUACAAGCUGCCAAGAUGGAAACAAAAUAAACUUAAAAUGACUCUUCAGCUGUUUUGA